AUGCUCAGUGGAGACCCUUUAGAGGAGGAGGAGGAGAACCGACAGAGGGAGCCAACAGGUCACAUGACCGGCGAGGUGAAUGCACAUGCGGGGAAAGAAAAGAAAAUCGGGAGCAGUCUCUUCAGCAGGUUUUCUCUCUCUCUCUCUCUCUCUGUCCUCCCCACCAUUCCUCUUCCUCUCUUACCCCACGCACUCCUCCUCCUCCUCCCCCACUCCCUUUCUGACGCCUUCUUCUUCUCAGUGGAGGCCAUGAGAAGAAAGCAGCCCGCUGGUUUAGCCGUGGAUAACGUUGCACCUCCAAAGAAAGAGGGACUGGAUCCACCGAAACAUGGAGAGGAGAAGUCAGACGAGGACAGAGACGUAGCAUCGGCAGCGGGACUCGCCUCUCCCGCCGCGGCGGAGGCCAUCAUGCUUAACGGCAUGGACAGCGACGACGGCAGCAGACACGCGGACCUGACGGUCAGCGCCGUCAAGAUGGCGGUGAACGAAAACGGCACGGCAGAGACGGAGACGCCGCACGGAUCCGUAACUGGAAGCAACGGGUUCAUCCUGGCGAAGGAGCAGCAGCAGGACGGCGACGCGGCGCCGGCUUCGGGGGCUUCUUCCCCUCUCAGGACUAACAGGCUGCCUUCGGGCUCGCCGCCAGGGGGCCAGACAGCCAAACCCCUCAACGCCACGGCGGCGGCGGGAUGCGCGCAGAGUUCAGGCGCUUUAAGGACCGCCCCCGGCACGGGGAAUAUGUCGGACGCUAAAAACGGCUUUGCUUCAAGCCCCGUCACGAUUCCGCCGCCUGUUACUGUUCACAGAGCGAGGAAGACCAUGUCGAGACCGGCGGUCAGCCCGGCUCAGAAGCUCAUCAACAGGGAGCUGAGACAAGCAAACAGUGUCAAAUUGGAUUCUCCAGUCGCACCAGAUGUGCAGAAGUCGUCUCCGCCGCCGCCGGCUCCUGCGCCGAACCAUCUACCUCAGAGUCCACCAGAAACGCCAGCUUCAGCACGCACUGCUUCACCAGCAGCUGCUGCAGAUUCUCCAGCUCCUGCCAAGCAUCGCCUGGGGCCGUACUCAACGGUGUUUUCAUCCCGGAAGAAGAAGAGGAGGAUGGGGACGUACAGCUUGGUUCCCAAGAAGAAAACCAAAGUGCUAAAGCAGAGAACCAUGCUGGAAAUGUUUAAGGAGCUGCAGCAGUCCGCAAAGACCCAACAGAAGAGGGAGGCGGCCAACGUGAACGGGGAGAAGGUGGCGAACGCGUCCGAGGAAGACGAGUCGGAGGACAUGGAGUCUGAAGAGGAGACGCGACGGCAGCCUGCAGAGCAAACCCUCCCAGCUGUUCAAGAAACCUCUGAAUCGGCCGAUCAGGUGAAGGAUGAGCACGAGUCCGAAGACUCCGAAGAAGACGAGGGAGAGGAGGAGGAGGAGGGCACGGAGUCGGAUUUGAGCUUCGAGUCCAGCCUGAAGAAGAAGCUGAAGAAGAAGUCAAAAGCAGACGGCGCCUGGCUCCGACCGUCCAGGAAGAGGAAACGAAGGAUGACCGCCAAAGAACCGGAGACGGAUGUUCUGCCCCAGACGUCGGGUCAGGAGUUCACGAAGAUCCUCCCGUCCGAGUGCGUCGACCUCAGCAAGUCGUCGCUCAGCAGCGAACCUUCCGGGUCGGCCAUCGAGGAGGCGCAGGAGCUGCCGCUCUGCAGCUGCCGCAUGGAGACGCCGAAAAGCCGCGAGAUUCUGAUCCUGGCGGACAGGAAGUGCAUGGCGACGGAGAGCGUGGACGGCCAGCUGACGCGCUGCCAGGGCGCCGUCCUGAAGCACGAGAUGAUGCGUCCGUCCAACUCGGUCCAGCUGCUGGUUCUGUGCGAGGAUCACCGCAGCGGCAUGGUGAAGCACCAGUGCUGUCCCGGCUGUGGGUUCUUCUGCAGAGCCGGGACGUUCAUGGAGUGCCAACCGGACGUCAGCAUCUCCCACCGCUUCCACCAGGCAUGCGCCUCGAUGCUGAAGGGUCAGAGUUUCUGUCCGCACUGCGGGGAGGAGGCAGCCAAGGCCAAGGAGGUCACCAUCGCCAAGGCCGACACCACCUCCACCGUUCCUCCGGCGCAGGCCAAGGGCCCGGCGACACCAGGGGCUCCUGAGGGCCGAGCAGACACAACAACCGACAGCUCUUCCUGUUUGUCUCCUGUGGCUGAAGUCAGCGGCCGAGCCGACAGCUCGCUGCCCGCCCAUCCCGCUCCGGACCCCGAUGACCCAGGCAUCCCGGGGUCGUCCCGCCAGGCGUCUUUCCAGUCUGGAAUCGGAACGAUAGCACCACCUACGCUGCCCUUAGGAACAACUAAAGAAACUCUGGAGAGUGUCCUGGUCGCCCUGGAUACGGAGAAACCCAAGAAGCUGCGAUUCCACCCCAAACAGCUGUUCCUGUCGGCCAAACAGGGAGAGCUGAAGAAGGUGGUGCUCAUGCUGGUGGACGGUACCGACCCGAACUUCAAGAUGGACUCCCAGAACAAACGCACGCCGCUCCACGCCGCCGCUGAGGGAGGCUACGCCGACAUCUGCCACAUGCUGGUUCAGGCCGGAGCGAACCUGGACAUGUGCGACGAAGACCAGCGGACGCCGCUGAUGGAGGCGUGCGAGAACAACCACAUGGAGGUGGUGCUGUACCUGCUGCGGGCCGGAGCCAGCGCCAUGCACAAGGACUUUGAAGGGUUCACAUGUCUCCACCUAGCGGCCAAGUCUGGUCAUUACAGCGUGGUGGAGCACCUUCUGUCCACAGGGCUGGUGGACGUCAACUGUCAGGAUGAUGGCGGUUGGACAGCCAUGAUCUGGGCCACCGAGUACAAACAUGUGGACCAGGUGAAGCUGCUUCUGUCCAAAGGAGCCGACAUCAGCAUCAGGGAUAAGGAGAAAAACAUCUGCCUUCACUGGGCGGCGUUUUCCGGCAGCGUGGAAAUCUCCGAGGUUCUCCUGAACGCCCAGUGUGACCUCCAAGCCGUCAACGUCCACGGAGACUCUCCUCUGCACAUCGCUGCGCGGGAAAACCGCCUGGACUGUGUCAAGUUGUUCUUGUCUCGAGGAGCUAAUGUGUUUCUGAAGAACCGCGAGGGAGAGACUCCUCCGGACUGCUGCAGCCACAACUCCAAGGCCUGGGGCGCCUUGCAUGCACACAAGAGGGAGAGGGACGCCAAAAACGGACGGCUCAGGCGGACCGAAGAGAAACUGCUUCACAGUGACAUAUCUUUAGGCCAGGAGCAAGUUUCCAUUCCUUGUGUGAACUCUGUGGACAGCGAGCCGAUCCCAGACGACUACAAAUACAUCACAGAAAACUGCGUCACGUCCCCCAUGAACAUCGACCGGAACAUCACACACCUGCAGUACUGUGUUUGUAAAGAAGACUGUUCUACUAGUAUUUGCAUGUGUGGACAGCUGAGUCUGCGCCGCUGGUACGACAAGAGCGGCUGCCUGCUGCCUGAGUUUUGUCGUGAGGAGCCGCCGCUGAUCUUUGAGUGCAACCACGCGUGUUCCUGCUGGCGGACCUGCAAGAACCGCGUCGUACAAAACGGACUCCGGGUCAGACUGCAGGUUUUCAGAACCGGUAACAAAGGCUGGGGAGUCCGAACCCUGCAGGAUAUUCCACAGGGGAGCUUUGUUUGCGAGUACGUUGGUGAGAUCAUCUCUGAAGGUGAAGCAGAUACCAGACAAAACGACGCUUACCUGUUCAGCCUGGAUGAUAAGCCUGAAGACCAGUACUGCAUCGACGCCCGUUUCUAUGGCAACAUCAGCCGCUUCCUGAACCACAUGUGUGAGCCCAACCUGUUCGCCUGCCGGGUUUUCACCACACACCAGGACCUCCGGUUCCCGCACAUCGCCUUCUUCGCCAGCGAGAACGUGAAGGCCGGGGAGGAGCUCGGGUUUAACUACGGCGACCACUUCUGGGAAGUCAAGGGGAAGCUGUUCAGCUGCGAGUGCGGCUCCUCCAAGUGUAAGUACUCGUCGGUCGCCAUGGCGACGACGCCCGAGGACCAGCAGCAGCCCAGCGCGCUGCCCGACACCAGCUCUUCCAGCGGCGCCUCCUAGAGGCCGCUCCGGGCCUCUGCGAGCGAAUCGUACUGUAUCUCCGCCUCCCGCCGUUACCAGAGACAAAGUGAAAAACUCUGAGCUCCAGAUGCACAAACCGAACCCUGGACCCGAUUCUCGACUUCAUCAUGUGUCGUGUGGAAACGAAGAGGGACAAAAAAAACACUCUGUGUUGCAGCAGAACGUUUGCUGGAAGGAAAAACUGUACUUUUGUUUGUUUUUUUGUUUUAAUAGGCAGAAUUAUUGUGAAUGAGAAAUCUGGGAACUCUUUGUUUUGUUUUUUUUAGGUGCGACAACCAUGAAAUAUGACGGAGUAUUAAGGCCACAAAAGGAAAAUAAAUUAAUGUAUAAAAUUACAAAAAUAAAGUCUUAAAGGAAUUAAGUGACAAUAUUACAAGAAUAAAGAAAAAUAAUACAAGAAAAGACGUAGUUUUACGAGAAUAAAGUGGAAAUAUUUUGACUUUACUCUUGUAACACAACAAUUUUAUUAUUUUGACUUUUUUCUCAUAACUUUACUUUCUUCUUGUAAACCUUCAACUUUAUUCUGUAAAAUUACGGUUUUAAUCUUGUAUGACUUUAUUCUCAAGAACAAAUCCGACUUUAUUCUUGUAAUAUUGCGACUUCAGUCUUUAAAUGUUGUUUUAUCGUAAAACUGCGACUUUAUUCCUGUAAUAUUACGACAUUGAUCUCAUAAAUUUAUGGCUAUUCUCGUAAAACUACAACUUUACUCUCGUAAUAUUACGACUGUAUUUGUAAUUUUAUGAUUUUAUGGUAAAACUGACUUCAUUCUCUCAGUAUUUUGUCUUUAUUCUGAUAAAACGACGUCGUGUUUUCUGUAUUUUCUUCUUGUCGCCUUCAUUCUCCGCCGUAUCGAAUCAUUCCAGUGACACUCAGACGAUUAUUGAUUCCCGUUUCUUCGUUCUCGUCUCGUCAAAAAGCUGAAAACUCGAAGCUACUCCAUGAGGUCAGAUUAGUUUUCAAACACGUAAAUUUUACUUUUUUUAUUUUUAAACUAAUAUUUUCCGGAGCGGUUGAGGAAUAUAUUUAGUAAUUUUAAAGAAAGAAAGCGCAGAACACAGAAAACUGGUGCUGACAGGUUUUUACGUUCGUUCUCAUUUUUAUGAACAUAGUUUGUAAAAUAAGAUAAUGUUUUUACUUUUUUUUAAUGUUUAAUUUUAUCCCGUUUUCUAAUCAUAGUCAGAUUUUAAUUUCCGGUCAAAUUUUUUUUAUUUUAUUUUUUUUUUCUUAACAGACGUCUUUUCUGCAAAGUUGGAUAAAUUGGGAAAAUGUCGGAUAAAUUGCACUUCCAUUAACCUGUUACAUAUUUCUGGACUGUGAACCAUCCGUCUGAUUGGUUGUAUCUUUUUCAAUAAAUUUAUUAUCAAUGA